UAAGGUCUGCGCUUGUACGUCGGUUUUCUACAGUGACGUUCGCAGUCAGUAGGGCAGUCCAGGGCAGUCACGUAGGAGACACGAAGGUUGAAGGGUGUCGUGGUUGAUUCUUUACUGAUAUUUGGUGGUUGAAGAAAUUUUUCUACGGAUGUUGAAACCUCAGUAGAAAGCUUAUUCAAACUCGCAAAUUUCAAAAUAGAAAUUUCUUUAGUUUGAAUAAUCGUACGUGAGAAUCGUUCAAGUCAUUGAUUUUGAGGUUAAGUCGGUUAACCUCGCAUUCCUCCACAACUCUAAUCACGCUUUGCGUAUUCCCGCAAAAGCAAUGCCGGCACAAAAUACGAUAAGCAUCGCAGUCAUAUGUUCGAGUAAUAUGAACAGAAGCAUGGAAGCUCAUGCAUUUUUGAGCAAAAAGGGAUUUAAUGUAAAGUCUUUUGGCACUGGGGAUAAGGUAAAGUUGCCAGGAAAUGCUCCUGAUCGUCCAAACAUUUAUGAUUUUGGCACAUCGUACGAAGAAAUUUACAACGACUUGCUGACCAAAGAUAAACAAUAUUAUACGCAAAAUGGGUUACUUCACAUGCUGGAUAGAAAUCGUCGGAUAAAACCGAGACCUGAACGGUUUCAACUUUCCAAGGACAAAUUUGAUAUUCUAGUUACAUGUGAAGAGCGUGUUUAUGAUCAAGUCAUCGAAUGCAUGGAAGCGAGAAGCCAUGAAGAUAAUCAGCCCGUCCAUCUUAUCAACAUUGAUAUUCAGGAUAAUCAUGAGGAGGCCACGGUCGGCUCGUUCCUCAUUUGCGAACUAGUCACAGUGUUAUCCAACAGCGACGACCUGGACAACGACAUAGAUGAACUGCUUCAUGAUUUCGAAGCAAAAUGUGCACGGCCCAUAUUACACACUGUGCUGUUCUACUGAUUUCUCAAAAUUUAACAAUUUUGACAACUCGUCUUAGAGUCUAUCAAUCUUGAGAUAAGAUUAUAAAUUAAUGUAAGUUAGGAAUAUUUAAUUAUAGAACUAGUGACUUUGCUACAGGGCUUACGUAUCGCUUUAAUAAGGAGAUUGGUCAAUCGAUGAAAUUAUCACCAUUUAUAAUUCAAAAAAACAUAAAAAUUGUAUUUAUUCGUUAAAUACGGAGUUAUUAGAAAUAUAUUAUGAAAACAUUGUAUAAUUUAUCAAGUUCCUAUUAACAUCUGUAUAUUUCAAUUGCCUGUUGAUUUAUAUCAAUAGGUAUCAAGUGAUGGGAAGUAAAAAUUAGACUUAUAACAACAUGUAUGAUACAAUGCUCUGCAAAGAGCGUUUAAUUGUUUAUCCAAGUGUUAUCGAACGUGUCAAAAUAAAUAUAUUUGUGAAUAAAAAAUUCAUUAUACGCUUUCAAAUUA